AGAAAUGUUAUAAAAGAAAUUAAUACAAUAUAAAAAUAACAUCAAAUUUUGAACAUGACGGCAAAAUCGACGUACAAAAACCUGGUGAUAAUGAGUGUGAGCUUCUUUUUCUUGUAUGCUGCAUAUCUCCCUCUUCAAAAUAUACAAAGCAGUCUUCAUAAAGAUCCUGCACUGGGUUUUGGAUCUCUUUCUGCCAUUUACGCAAGUGGAAUUCUUUCCUGCUGUUUUUUACCGAACGUGUUAAUUGCAAUGUUUAAACUGAAAACUUUAUUAAUUCUUAGUAUAUUUUCUUUUCCUUUGUAUGUCCUUGCCAACUUCGUACCGAGAUGGAGUACAAUCUUACCGGCAUCCAUUUUACUUGGAUUAAGUGGGGCUGUUAUGUGGACAUGCCAGUCAAUUUACAUUACACAAAUUGCAACGAGUUAUGCUGAUACAAUAAAGUUUCCAAAAGAUAGCUUAGUUUCAAAAUUUUUUAGCAUAUUCUAUUUCUUUUUUCAAUUCUCACAGAUUGUUGGCAAUGGUGUAUCAUCGGCUGUUUUAACGAAUGUAAAAAAUGACAAAUUAACAGCCAAUUUUCUCAGAUCUACUGGCAGUUUCAACGUUCAAAAUAUAACAUGUGGAGCAAAAUACUGUCCAUCCGGGGUUGCAAUCACAAAUGCUGAAACUCUUCAUAUAAAUAUUAUCUACAAACUUAUGAGUAUACUUCUUAGCUUCACUCUUAUUGGAAUUCUAAUUGCAUUUUUCAUGGAUCCUUUGUCGGAAGAAGCAAAAACCAAUCAAAUGCCUAAAUUAAAAUUAUGCUUUUCAACAAUUAAAAACUUAAAAAAUCCAAUGAUUUUAUUACUUGUUCCGAUAACAAUUUUUAAUGGAAUGGAACAAGGGUUUGUAUAUGGUGAAUAUACAAAGGCAUUUGUUGCAUGUUCUCUUGGCAUCGAUGUGAUAGGUUACAGUAUGAUAUGUUUUGGUUCUGCUGCAUGCUUUUUUUCUAUGUUUAUUGGGUUUAUUGUAAAAUGGUCUGGAACUUAUGCACUUAUGAUAUUCGGAAUGUUUGCACAUCUUAGUUUAAUGACAUGGUUUCUUGUCUGGGACACUCAAGCUUAUCCUAGUUAUAUCUUUUACAUUUGUGCCCUGUGCUGUGGAGUUACGAGUUCGAUAUGGAUGUCUCAAACAAACGCAAUUUACGCAAUAUAUUUUUCAAAUAAGCAAGGAGCAGCGUUUUCAAUUUUCCGUCUCUUUCAAAGCUCAGGUUUCACUAUUGCGUUUGUUUAUGGAAAUAUAUUGUGUGUCUCAACAAAGAUUUACAUUUUAAUGGCCUUCCUUGUUGUAAGUAUAGCCAUGUACAGCAUCGUUGAGUUUAAGUACCAAAAGAAUCACUUAACAGAUGUUAUAAAACAAGAAUAUGAUGACAAAGAUAUUGUAGCUAUUUUGUAAUACGUAAAACAUAUUGUAGCCAUUUUGUAAAAAAAAACAUCGACAAAUAUUA